AUGUGGCAGCUAAUUGUUUUAGUGUUAUCGACGUCAACUGUGAUUUCUCAUGUAUUACCAUCGCCUGCAAAUAGUUAUCAACGUGGGCCGUCGUACUCAGAAACGACAAUAACCAACGACAGAAAACCGUUUAUCGAAGUCCGAAACGCAACGUAUCGUGGUAGCGGGCCGAGGGAAGAAGCGCGCGCAAUGUGUUCUGUUAAAACGCAAGAAGUAAACGCCACAGCUAAUGCAACAAUUACAAGAAGGCUUCACGGUGUUGUUACAUCUAGAGAAUUUCAAACUUCUAUUCAACGGUUGGAAGUGAUAAUAUUCGGUCAAAUGCAACAGUUAUGGCAGAGUUUGGACGCACUGCGGGCGCAAGUUUCUGGCGAAUCUCAUGUCCCCUACCCAGACCGACGGAGCGUCGUGUUUAGAUAUAAACCAUGA